UUACUGUAACUUACAUCGCUUUCUGUAAACAAAUACAAUGUCCUAUGAUACAUCAAACUAUAAAACCUCACUACUAGAUAAACCAAUCAACAUAAACUGCUUUCAGAUUUUGCACCAGUAACUAACUACAAUAGUUUCUCUAAUUCGUUUGUAAUCAUGUUGAAGCCUACGAUGGGUAAAUGGAUGGUACUCCUCAAAAAUGGAUUUGGAGGAGGAAGUAAAUCAUCAUCAUACACAACCUCAACACUACCAAAAAUGAAAGCAUAUGCACCAACAUCUGAUUAUGGAUACAUUCAUCACGGACAACAAUAUGGUAAACAAUCUUCCAAAUCAGCAAAACAAGAUUUUGUACCAGUUUACGUUGCUGUUGGGAUGAUAGCUUUGUCAACAAUGUUGGGUCUUCACACAGCAUGGCAACAACUAAGGAAUAAUCCAACCGUGCGUGUCAAGAAACAGAGAAGAGAGACUGUUCCUGAAGUAAUGGAACCAGAUCAUGUUAUGGAGGAAUCUGAUAAAUUCUUUAAGAAUUCGUUUUUCAGGAAAAUUGCACAUGUUCAAGAACGUAGUUAUCCUGAUCAUAAUCAAGUUCCUGAUUCUAUUAACAAAGAUGCUUUUGCUUAUAAGCCUCGUGCUGAGACUCUUAAGUCUGUUGGUGUUGAUCCUUCUCAAUCCUAAGGUGUGACUGUGUCACUAUAAUUAAGUAGUAAUGAUGUCACUUUUUGUGUUGACUAAGUUCAUGGACCCUGUGGCCGGAUACUUAUUUAAAUGAUCUGGUUUUGUAAGAUUGUUUCCUUUUUUAUUAAGCUAUUACUGUAGAUAAAUAAAUCAAUCAAUAUUUAGGUUUGGUUUUGUACAUACAACUCAGUAGAUUACUUCUUUCAUGCCCUAUGGCUUUGUUACUAUCACUAUUUAGCUUAAUUGUGGUUACUUUCAUCUUAUAUGU